UUGCACUGAUUUCGCUUUCGCUUCGAUCUAUAAAUACUCUACUUCCAAUGGAAACGGAACACUAAAUUUAAUCCGUACCGGAGUGAAACCGAAUUGAGAGUUUCGGUGGAAACUAGACCACUGUGCAACACUGACCAAACCUAAACUGAUAUUGUUCUUUGACAAUUUUUUAUGACAUUCAAGAAAAACGUUUUGUUAUAAACAUUGCGAAUUUAUUCGAUGAUUUGCACUUUAUAAGACGUUUAAUUUUAAGAAACAAUAGGUUUUUCUUACUAUGUAGACUGCAUUUUAAUUGGAUCAUCGUGUAUUUUUUUCUAGCUGUUACUUGCAGGUUAGGUUACGCGAGGUUAGCUUAUGUAUGAAAAGGAUACGAAAGACUGACAGUUGAUCUCAUAAAUCAUUAUGAGUGUCUUUAAACUAAGACUAAUCUGUUUACUACAAAUAAUUGAACUACCCAGAUAACGCAGAGCUCAUUUAAACUAGAUAAAACAUAGCAAUUAUGUCUUUUAGAAUACGUUUAGCCCGUAGCAGGCCUGUUAGACUUCUUGGAAGUGUUGCAAUGAAAUGCUGGGCUUUCAGUGGGAUUUACAUUUUUGCGUUUUUCUUUUUGUACUGGCUGUAUGGUGGAAUCUUAGCUUUCUUCUUGUUGUGCUUUGCCACUACUGGAAUACUGUAUCACAGAGAGGAUCAGCUUCUUUACUAUCCAGAACUGCCAGCACAUUCUAGAGUUUAUGUACCAGCUCCAUCAUUAUUCAGUUUGCCGUAUCAGAGUGUGUAUACCAAAGCUGGAGAUGGUACAAUGCUGCAUAUGUUCUUUGUUUCACAACCUGAAGAUAGAAUGAAGAAAGUACCUACAGUAUUGUUUCUUCAUGGCAAUGCUGGCAAUAUGGGUCAUCGGUUGCAAAAUAUAGUAGGAUGGUAUCAUAAUAUUCAGUGUAACAUUCUAAUGUUAGAAUAUCGAGGUUACGGUUUGUCACAAGGUUCUCCAUCAGAAGAGGGUCUCUACAUGGAUGCUCGAGCUGGAUUAGACUAUCUGUAUAGUAGAACGGAUAUUAAUACAAAUGAAAUCAUAGUUUUUGGUAGAUCAUUAGGCGGAGCGGUAGCAAUUGAUUUAGCUGCAAAAGAAGAAAGUUCGCGAAGAAUUUGGUGCCUUAUACUUGAAAAUACUUUUACUAGUAUACCAGAUAUGGCUGCUUUAUUUGUCGGAUACAAGUUUUUGCAAUAUCUCCCGCUCUUUGUAUAUAAAAAUAAGUAUUUAUCUAUUCUGAAAAUUUGUUCAGUCACGGUACCGACUUUGUUUGUAUCGGGUCUGGCAGACACGCUCGUGCCGCCUAAUAUGAUGGAAGAUCUUUUCAAGAAUUGCCGAAGCUCAUUCAAGCGUUUACUACCCGUUGUGGGCGGCACGCACAACGAGACUUGGUGCCAACCGGGUUAUUAUCAGAAUAUUUCCAGUUUUCUGAUCGAGCUCAGAGAAAAUCCUCCUUUGCGAGUAGUCUCUAGUCAUUGGCAGAUUGACGAUAUCUGAAUGAUAUCGAUGUAAAUAACAAUUAAGAAAAUAUAGAGCUACUUCCUCAUGCUGUAUUGGAACAAGUUGUGACCUUACCAAAUCAUAUUAAGAGAUUUUUCACAUAAAUAGCAUUAAAAAAAUUAUUAGUUUGUAACGGAAUCGAAUAGAAAAAAAUCAAUAAUUCUUGUGUCCGAAUCGAGAUUACCCCAAUAGGCAUAUUGUGAGAAUAUUGCACAAAAAUGGCAUCAUGAAUGUCGACAAUUUUGCAAUGAUUGCACUAAGAUGAUUCGCCAUAACGCA